GGGCGGUAGAGCGGCCAGGUGCUGGGUGUCGGGAUGUGGAUGCCCGGGAGGGAGCUGUGGUCCUGCUGCCGAGGGGAGAUCGUGGGGCCGGUUUCCGGGUCUUUGCCGGAGCGAGGGCGGGAAUGUGUUGGGUUUUGGGUGUGGUGGUGAGCACCCACCCUGCAUGGGGAGCUGUGUCUCUGUCUGUCCUGUGUGCCUGUGUCUGUGUAUGUCUGUGUGUCUGUCCUUGUAUGUCUGUGUGUGUUAUGUCUAUCCUGUGUGUCCGUGUGUCUGUCUGUGUCUGUGUAUUGGCCAGCUCUGGCCAGUUCACAGGGACUCUUGCAUCCACCAUGAACCCAGGCCUCACAGGCUGGGCCUGUCUCCUCUUCUCCCACCCACCCCCUCAUGUGGCGCCCCCAGCAGAGCCACGAUGAGCGCUAGGAGGGUGCCCAUUUGGCAGAUGAGGAAACUGAGUCACCAAGGGGACCGCAUGCAUGGGGCCCAAGGCUGGCGCCCCCACUGUGCACCCCUGGGGUUAGGGGUGGGGAUGGUGUCACCAACAGGAAAAGUUCACAGAAGCCAAGCCCUCCAGCUGCCUGUGAGGCAGGGAGAUGGGUGGCCUGGGGACUGACAGUGUCUCCGUGGGUCUGGUAUGUGUCCUGUGUGUGUGUGUACGGGCAUGGGGGGUCCACAACCACGGGCCAACAUCAGGUGUUGGGCCUCUCCUGGCCUGGGGACUGACAUGGUCCCCACGGUGUCAGGUCAACAGGUGUCCGAGUUCACCUGGCCCACUGUCAGGGGACUGAAGGAACAUGGGAAACAGAGGCUGAGGAGCCAGGGCCUGCUGAGGCCACUGAGAGCUUUCGGUGCCCCGCCUGGCUGCCCCACAGCCCAGAGCAGGGAGGCCCCCAGGCAGGCCACAGUGGGGCACAGGCUCAGGAACAGGAGUGAGGCAGGCCUGGAUGGAGCAGCCCAAAGGGGAAAGCUGAGGCUCGGCAGCCCCCAGCCCCCUGCUCCUCCGCCAUGGCAGACCCGAGCCUCAAAUCCAGGCUUGUCUGAGGCAGAUUCGCCACUAGGGGAGGCUGGGCGGGCCCAGGCCUGGGGACAGGCAGACAGAAAAGCCACAGUGGGGUGUCGCGUCAAAGAUGAGACUUCAUGACAGAUAGGGGGAUCACGAGUUGACGCCUGAGGGGGGGUGGGUGACGAUGGGGAAGCAUCAGGUGGAGGAGGGGCCGAUUCUUGGGAACCAAAGCACACAUUCCAUCCUGGGUGGCAUGAGGGGGCCCAGGCUGGUCCCAGGGCCCCCCUACACCCUGCGCUUUGGUCCCUGAUCAAGGACAGUGCCUGGACGAGGGAGAGCUGAGUCCCCGUCCUCCAGAGCUAGUACCUGAGGCGGCAAUUCCUCCAGCCGAAUUCCAGAAGCCCCCUCCCAUCGUCAAAGUUCCAGCCCCUUGGAAUUCUAAAACCUGGAGGCUGCAGGAUUCCAGAACUGGGACCGUUAGAAUGCCAGAACCCUGGGUCCUCCAAGUCCAUACCUCCUGGUCCUUAGGCGGAAUCCGGCGUCCACGCCUGCCAUCGGCACAGAGAGGGAGGUGAUAGUUCUGGGGCCUCACAGUGCUGCUGCCAGAACUCGGUCUGAGGAGAGAAUAGUCCCCACUGGUAGAGGCCGCGCUGGCGCUCCUGGCCAACGUGGGAGUAGGGGAGACCGUGCCAGGUCCCCUGACCAGCCCUCUGCCUGUGGAAUUUAACACGGCUGCUAUCACCUGUACCCGCUGGGGGGACUGGAAACUGCCAGCUGUGGCCAGAAGAUUCAGUGCCAGCUUCCAGCCUCCCCCUGGCCAAGGGCUCUGGGUUAUGGGUUUGUCCCUAGGCACGGGGGUCAUGAGGGAACCCUGUGUGUGGGUCCCCUGGUGCAUAAGGGUGGGGGGCAGAAAGGCCCAUGAGAUUUGGGAGGCCAGGACUGGGGCAAUGGCCGCAGACUCAACUGAGCCUGCAGGAAUGUUCAGAACCAUCUCAUGCCAGCCUGCUAGGGAGGGAGCUCACUGUCCCAGGAGGAAUUCAAGUGCCAAAUCUGAAGCUGCAAAGAGAAUGUUGCUGCCCUAGAGUCUUGGGCCAAACCCCCCUCCCCAGGGCAGAUCCCUCACCCUGACUCUCUGAGCCUCAGUUUGUCCACCUGAGGCCCUGCUCCCACUAAGUCUACUGUGGCGUUGGCUCUUGGCCUGGGAGGGAAGCUCACUACUGCUGUCAGGAGCUAGAUAAUUUAUGAGGUUUGACAGGAGGCUCUGCCAAGGCACCAGUUAACGAGGUGGGGAGUGAGGACUGGCAGCCACACACACAUUCACUUCCAUGGCUACCAACGGCUUCCACUGAGCACCUACUGCAUGCUCAAGGCUGGAUUAGCUCCUUCCCACCAUCGUCCCCAUUUUACAAGCAGGGAAACUGAGGCUUAGAGCAGGGACUUCAGUCCAAGGUCAUUGGGCAGCUAAGUGACCAAGCCAGGUAGGAUUCAAAUCUAGACGGACUGACUUUUUACAAACUUCCAUUCUGUUCCUAAAGAAAAUUCGUAUAAUUACAGCCCACAUCUGCUUUCCAGCAGCCAUUCAAUCCCUAGCGUGCUUUUCAAGUAUUUAUGCAUAUUUAUAGGGUCUGUGGGUGACACGAACUGUUUGCGAUUGAAUGCUAACCUGAAGAUUGGUGGUUCGAACUCACCCAGGGGGACCUCAGAAGAAAGGCCUGGCAAUCUGCUUCCAAAAUAGCAACCCCCGAAAACCCGACGGAGUGCAGUUCUACUCUGACACACAUGGGUUUGCCAUGAGUCAGAAUUGACUGGCUCGAUGGUGACGGGCUUCUGUCAAGAUUACAGCCAAGAAAAUCCUGCUCCGUAACCCAUGGGUUCGCUGUGAGUCGGAAGUGACUCCACAGCUAUCAAGAAUAAUAAAUGUAUAUUUAUAUGUAACUCGGCCUGAGUUUAAAUGUCAGCUCAAUUCCUGCUGGGUUUGGUCGCCUUGGGCAAGUUACUUAACCACUCUGUGCCUCAGUUUACCCCCUCUGCAAAAUAAGGAUAAAAGUAGUACCUACCAGCUUUCACUGCCUGGCCCGGGCAAACUCCUACACAGCCUUCAAUGCCCCAUGCGGCCCUCCUCCAUUCCCUCCCCCAACUGCACCCUCACUGCGGAGCCAGAGAUGGCUUGUGCUUUGUGCCCAGAGCAAGGGGCAGGGGAGCAGGGUUCCAGACCCAGCCUCCUGGGUGACCUUGCAUAAGUUUCUGCCUCUCUCUGGACUUUGAGGUCCGCCAGGGUGUGUCCUUUUUGAGAAUUGGGGCUGUUUAUUGAAUGGCCUUGCUUUAUUUUUAGUCUAUUUCAUCACAUCUGGCCUUGGUGCCAUGGUACUGCCGAUUCAUCCACGUGAGUCCAUCCAGCCAAGCGUCUCUCUGGCUUUCUCCUCCAGUCCCACGCCGGGAACCGGUCCUUCCCCAUGCUGUUUAUAACCCAUUCCUAGGGAACCCAGCAUUCCAGAUAAGCUGGGGGUUUUUUGAUUCCCAAAAUGGAACUGGGUUUCAGGGCUUAUUACUUGUUAUAAAAGCUAGAGGCCACAGAAACGGGAAAAAGAACCCACAUAAUCCCCUGUGCCAUCCUCGCAAUUCCUUUUUAUGCUUGAGCCCAUUGUUGGAGCUACUGUGUCAGUCCAUCUCGUUGAGGAUCUUCCUUUUUUUUGCUGAUCCCCUACUUCACCAAGCAUAAUGUUCUUCUCCAGGGACUGAUCCCUCCUCACAACAUGUCCAAAGUAUGUGAGAUGCAGUCUCGUCAUCCUAGCUUCUAAGGAGCAUUCUGGUUGUACUUCUUCUAAGACAGAUUUGUUCGUUCUUUUGGCAGUCCACGGUAUAUUCAAUAUUCUUCGCCAACACCACAAUUCAAAGGCAUGGAUUCUUAGCUUUCACAUGCACAUGAGGCAACUGAAAGGCAAUGAACAACACUUGGAAUCCCACUAAGGCAGCACUGGGGUCGAGCCUCCCCCACAUGCAUUCUGGAAAAAUCCUGCCCUAUGCCCUGGCUCCGGAGCUGGUGACCCUUGGCUGACAACCAGCUGCCCUCCCACACCAGACUUGCCCUGGAUGCCAGAAUUUGACUAGUGAAAUCUAUUCUGAAUACUGCAGUCGACUAAGGGUUUGGAUGGGUGACAGAUGGGGAAACUGAGGCUCGGGGAGAAAAGCCACUCCCCUGGGGCUGCACAGUGAGUGCCUGGGCUGGAGUACAAACCCCGGCCUCCGCAGCCCUUCUCUGUUGUUAGCCGCCGUCUGAUCAGUUCUGACUCAUAGCGACCUGAUGUACAGCAGAAUGAAGCACUGCCCGGUCCUGUGCCGUCCUCGCAACUCAUUUUCAUGCUUGAGUCCAUCGUUGCAGCCACUGUGUCAGUCCAUCUCGUUGAGGAUCUUCCUCUUUUUUGCUGAUCCUCUACUUUGCCAAGCAUGAUGUCCUUCUCCAGGGACUGAUCCCUCCUCGCAACAUGUCCAAAGUGUACCUGAGCCACUGCCAGUUCAUCCCUCCUGGAACAUCAGCCAGAUGGAGUAGUAACCAUCCCCAGCUGGCUCCAACGCCAUGUGGCCCAAUAACAGCUCUCUGGGGCCCUGCUUCCGGCCGACGAACAUCACACUGGAGGAGCGGCGCCUGAUCGCCUCGCCCUGGUUCGCCGCCUCCUUCUGCCUGGUGGGCCUGGCCUCCAACCUGCUGGCCCUGAGCGUGCUGGCCGGCGCGUGGCAGGGCAGCUCGCACACCCGCUCCUCCUUCCUCACCUUCCUUUGUGGCCUGGUCCUCACGGACUUCCUGGGACUGCUGACCACCGGGGCCAUCGUGGUGUCCCAGCACGCCAUCCUCUUUGACUGGCACGCGGUGGACCCCAGCUGCCGCCUCUGCCACUUCAUGGGCGUGGCCAUGGUCUUCUUCGGCCUGUGCCCGCUGCUGCUGGGGGCUGCCAUGGCCUCGGAGCGAUACCUCGGCAUCACGCGGCCCUUCUCCCGCCCAGCCACCUCCUCGCAGCGCCGCGCCUGGGCCACGGUGGGGCUGGUGUGGGCCACCGCACUGGCGGUGGGCCUGCUGCCGCUGCUGGGCAUGGGUCGCUACACCAUGCAGUACCCCGGCUCCUGGUGCUUCCUCACGCUGGGGGCAGAGCCGGGCGACGUGGCCUUCGGUCUGCUGUUUGUGCUGCUCGGCAGCCUUUCGGUCGGACUGUCCUUCCUGCUCAACACGGUCAGUGUGGCCACGCUGUGCCGCGUCUACCACGGGCAGGAGGCCGCCCAGCAGCGCCCCCGGGACUGUGAGGUCGAGAUGAUGGCUCAGCUCCUAGGCAUCAUGGUGGUGGCCACUGUCUGCUGGAUGCCACUGCUGGUCUUCAUCGCACAGACGGUGCUGCGGACCCCACCUCUCAUGAGCCCGGCUGGACAGCUGCCCCGAGCCGUGGAGAAACAGCUGCUCAUCUACCUGCGUGUGGCCACUUGGAACCAGAUCCUGGACCCCUGGGUGUACAUCCUCUUCCGCCGCGCUGUGAUCCGGCGGCUCCAGCCGCGCCUUAGCACCCGGCCCAGGCCGCUGUCGCUGCGGCCCCAGCUCUCCCAGGGACCCGUGCUGCAGUAGACCUUGGAGUGGACAUCGGUGGUGGCUCUGGAAGGACAGCCAGACAGAGUGGCUCUGCCAGCGUGUCCCCCGUUAAACGCUGUCCUCCCUGAUGGUUCCCUCUGCCUGAGCUGAUGUUUCAGGAGCUGGGGGUGCUGGGGCAGAUGGAGAGCUGGAGCCAGCACUGUGGACUGAUUUCUGUCAGACCUGGGGACCCCAACUCCUCCCUGAUCCACCUAUACAAAGCCUCUGCCCUCCCUCAGCCCCUCCCAGUUCUGAGUCCCCUCCCCUCCUCUAAGCCUCACCUCCCAUUUCUGAGCCCCCUCACAUCUCUGAGCUCCCAGCCCCAGGAAGGGUGUAUGUGUCCGGGGAGAAGGUUCUGGAGAAAAUUAAACUCGUAAGGCUCAGGUUAAGGAGCGCCGGUGGCACAAUGGUUAAGUGCUCACUGCUAACCGGAAGGUCGGCGGUUUGAACCCACCAACUGCUCUGAGGGAGAAAGAUCUGGCAGUCUGCUUCUCUAAAGAUUUACAGCCAAGGAAACCCUACAGGGCAGUUCUACUCUGUCCUUUAGAGUUGCUAUGAGUUGGAAUCAACAGCAACUGGCUUUGGUUUGGUUAAGGCCCUGGGCGAGCAAGUCCUCACCUUCCAGAAAUCUCUCGAAGGAGAAAAUAACCUCCUUGCUGGGGUACAGUUGGCACCCCCAGAAACCCCAAUUUGAGAAGGUCGUCUAGAAAAAAACUGAAUGUAAAUGGGGAGGGCACCCCCUUUCUUGCCAAAAUAUCUGUCUGCCCCCAGCUUUGGGUCGGGAAAUUUUCAGCCUUGGGGUUUGCAUACACCCAACCACGGCGGACGAUACAGCCCAGAGCAGGACUGGGGUCUGGGGAAGCAAGGAGAGGGUGGCGCUGCAUCUAGCUUCUCUCCCCACCUCGUUACUGACUGUUCACUGAGCACUUUGCAAGUCCUCGCUCCUUGAAUUCUCCCAACAACCCUUACGGGGAGGUUCUAUGAUUAAACCCAUUUUGGGUUGAAAAAGAGAGAGGGAGAGAUAUGCAUGAGACCACGGGGUGAAGCAGCUGCUUCCUCCACCCCAGCUGUGGCUCAUAUCCCUCAGAAGUUUAUUGUUGGUUCAUUCAUUCAUUCAUUCAUUCAUAUAUUAUCUCCACAGCAUUUCAGGUGCCCCAGUGUCUUGAGCAGCACCUGGCACAUAGCAGGUGCUCACUAUUGACCGCAUGGGUGGGUGGCUGGGUUUCUAUCAGGCAUCUUGUACGUUCAGACCAUGGGCUUGCACAUCUGGUAUUUAAUAAAGCAGCUGGCACGUAGUAGGUGCUCAAUUAAUAUUGCCCUGGUAGACAAAUGGAGCAUCUGUUGAGUAGCUUGUACAUCCAGAUAGUGAGCUUGCAGACAUCUGACAUUGAAUAAAGUGCUCAGCACAUAGUAGGCAUUUAAUAA